AUGUCAACAAUCCAACGCACCAUAUUUUCUGGUGCAAGAAGGUUGAAUUCUUCUAAAUCCUUGAGCUUAUCAUGUAGUCUUCGUCGUUCUUUUACUCAGAGAUUAGUCAAAGUCAAUGAUGUUAUUUUGUUGAAGCCCGAGACAAAUCAAAAGUCUUUGCCUGUUUUGUCAAAGCCCGUCAAACAUGGCGAUUCUCUCGUAUUUAGAGAUCACAGAAAGGUCAAGGCAGACGAUGUUAUUGGAAGACCAUACAGAUCUGUAGUGGCUGGUGGUAGAAGGGCUUUAUUCCGAAUUUAUGAACCUACACUUGGGGAAUAUUGUGAUAAUGCUCCGAGAGUUGUCACACCCAUCUAUUCUCAAGAUGCAAGUUUGAUCGUUUCCUUAUUGGACAUCAAUUAUGUGGCAGCACCAUCUUCCCAAUCUGAAAUUGCUAAAGAAAGAGAAAAAUUUCGUCCCAAUCGACCACUUGAGGAAUCUGUUGUUUCAGAAAAUAGUGACGCUUUGGAGAAAGCAGUAAUCCCCGGAGAGAGUGAGACCGAUGAGAGCCUUAGUUGGAAGCCAGAAAUAACCCCAGAAGAAAGCAAGACCGAAGAGAGUGUUGAUUUGAAGCCAGAAAUAACACCCGGAAGCGAGAGUUCGGAAUUUGAGAACAUUUCCGAUGAGGGCGAUCUCUUGGAAGAGUUCAAGGAGCUUCCAGACAAAUCCGCGCAGCUUACUGAAUCGGAAUUGCUAGAGGACUGGGACUUUGUGAAGCAUGAUGAAAACAAACUGGAGAUUUUUGAGGCUGGCACUGGUGCCGGUUCCUUGACAUUACAUCUUGCACGAGCAAUUCAUGGGGCGAACACAAGGGCUCCACCAAUACCAAAGCUUCCCAAAACAAGUGGUAAGGUUAAUCCAGAUGAUGAUAUCUAUAGAUACGGCGGUAAACUCGGUGAUAGAAAUGAUAAGAUGACUAAGCUAUACAAUGAAUGGCGCUCGCAGCGACGGGCUGUGAUUCAUUCCCUAGAUUUGGACGAGAAUCACUCGAGGCAUGCGCAAAGAACUGUCAGAAAUUACCGCCAUGGAGCUUAUUUCCCACACAUCGAUUUUCAUGUUGGUACCAUUCAUGGUUAUCUCUCAAAACGAUUCGAACAGACCCAGGAUGUCUUCCUUGAUCACGCUAUCUUAGAUAUCCCGGCUAUUCAAGACGAAAUGGAAAUUGUCGGCAAGUGUCUUAAGCCUAAUGGGCGUUUGAUUACAUGGUGCCCUAGCGUCACGCAACAUAUGAAGUGCCUGGAAGCUGUGAAAUCGAAGAAACUGCCUUUUGUUUUGGACAGGGUCUUAGAGUUGGGAUCGCAACUUAGUACUGGAGGACGAGAAUGGGAGGUUAGAUCAGUAAAACCACGAGCAUUAAUUAAAGCCGAGAAGAAAGCCACUGUGAAAAGAAUGGCGAAAGAAGACGAGGCCAAAUCAGCCUCUGCUGUUGACGAAUUUCUCGCUGAGAUUUCGAAAGAUGAGAAGAGGAAGGGAAAGGGGAAGAAGGGGGAAAUUGAGUCUUCCGCGGGCAUGGAAGACGAACUCGAAGCGAAUGAAGAAGGUAUGGAAACAUCUGAGUCCGAAAGUGUAAGUGUACAAGCAAGUACGAGAGGACUCGGCGAUUUCACAGAUAUGUCAGGAUGGGAGAUGAUCUGCAGACCAAAGGUUGGAGACAGGGUAACAGGUGGAGGAUUUGUUGGAGUUUGGAAGAAAAUGGAUAUGGAAGUAUAA